AUGGUCGUUUCUGUUGGUAUCAAGUACGCCUUGAAACUCUUCCCAUGAUUGGGUCGGGGGCGGUGCUAACAGUUAUUUUUCUAACUUCAGCGGCUUCGGUCGUAUUGGACGUCUUGUAUGUUCACCCUACUAAUCCUUCGGUUAUUCCCCAUUCGUAGAUAUUUUUUCUACUGGAUGGGUAUUUCUGGCUUACUUCUUAUGUGGUGAAUAGGUCCUCCGUAAUGCGUAAGUUUUUACCCCACCAUUUUUUCUCUUAUCGCUGCAACUUUAUCUGCGGGGCAACUUGCCGGAUCCUCGUGGCCCAAAAAAAGAAAUUAUUCUAAUUACUACAACCAACGAAACAGCUUCGAACACGACGACGUCGAGGUUAAAGCUAUCAAUGAUCCCUUCAUUGACCCAAAAUAUGCGGUAAAUAUUUCACCUUCUCAGUUGAAAGCUCUAGGGCUCGGUUCAAAUAAGCAAUAUCUGACAAUGUCUUGGCCCCUUAGGUCUACAUGUUCAAGUACGACUCUGCCCACGGAAACUUUAAGGGAGAGGUUAGCACCAACGAGGCCGGGGACCUGGUUGUCAAUGGAAAGGCUAUCAAGAUGUAUGCUGAGAGGGACCCCACCAAUAUCCCAUGGGGAGCCGCCGGUGCCGAAUACAUUGUUGAGUCUACUGGUGUUUUCACUACUACCGACAAGGCCAGCGCUCACUUGAAGGGCGGUGCUAAGAAGGUUAUCAUGUUUGUCCUCCGGUGAUCCACGAUAUAUAUCAGAAGUUGUAGCUAAUGCGAACCUGUAGUUCGGCUCCUUCUGCCGACGCUCCCAUGUUCGUUGUUGGCGUAAACCUGGAUAAAUACAAUAAGGGUAUUACCGUUCUCUCUAACGCAUCCUGCACCACCAACUGCCUUGCGCCCUUGGCCAAGGUGUUGAACGACAAAUUCGGUAUCGUUGAGGGUCUUAUGACUACUAUCCAUUCCUACACCGCUACCCAGAAGACCGUUGACGGCCCCUCGGCCAAGGACUGGCGCGGUGGGCGUACUGCUGCUACCAAUAUCAUCCCCAGCAGCACUGGUGCCGCCAAGGUGAGAAAAGAAACUAUCUGCAAACCCGUCUAGAACAAGCUAUAUGCUCAAAAAUUUCCUUGUAGGCUGUUGGUAAAGUCAUCCCGGAACUCAACGGAAAGCUCACUGGAAUGGCCAUGCGUGUUCCAACUCAGAAUGUUUCCGUUGUGGAUCUCACGGCUCGUCUCGAUAAGGGGGCCACUUAUGAACAAAUCAAAGAUGCUAUCAGGGAGGCAGCUAAUGGCCCCCUCAAAGGGAUCCUUGCUUACUCGGAGGACGAGCUUGUCUCCACUGAUCUUAACGGCCACAGCGCCUCAUCUAUCUUUGAUGCCAAGGCGGGCAUCUCAUUGAACAACAACUUUGUCAAGGUUAUUAGUUGGUACGAUAACGAAUGGUAAGUCCAAGCACGCUAUCAGUUUGUUGCUAUUCCUGUUUCCCUGUCACAAGAGCUAACUUUCUGUAGGGGAUACUCUCGCCGUGUCCUGGAUUUGAUCUCCUAUAUCGCUAAGGUUGAUCAGCAGUAA